AUUCAAAAUGGUUUCGUUGUCUUCUCCAAUAGUGAGUGCAAAUUUGCAAACCCUAAUUUGAAUUUCUCUGCAACUCCACACAACGAGUUUCCCCCUCCUUCAACUUUUGAAACCAUAACUGAACAGAGUCAAAAUCACCGCCAAACCCUAUCAAAACCCUCUAUUCCCUUCUAAGGUUGAUUCCGCCAUUCUUUUCAUCUUCGAUUCUUACCCUUAUAGGGUUUUUCUUUAUAUUCCCUCUCCCAAUGAAUCACCCUCAUCUUCCUCCUCCACCUUCCACCCCAAAUCCCCCUACGAAAAUGCUGAAGGAGUGUGGUAAUUGCGGCUCUCAAGGUCGGUGGAUUCUGCAUCACGUUCGUAUACGAGGCAUUAAUCGUCGGCUUUGCACUUCCUGCGUUCUUCGCCUUCAUCCCAGUUCGUUUUGCCCUUCUUGUUUCCAGUUCUAUGAUCUUUCCGUGUCUCCUCAUCCUGUCAAUCGUUUCACUUGCUCGAAGUGUUCUUCUAUUACACAUUCUCACUGCGUUGUUAAUCCGGCUUGUCCCGAUCCUCAGCUUCUCUCGUCUACUACCUCCUCUUAUCUCUGCCCUCCCUGCGCCAAACCCAAUUUCUCUUUUUUCGAUUUGGACUCUAAACCCCGGAUUUCUCCUAAGUCUAUUGACAGGAAGACCGCCGUCGUGUUGCUCUGUGCGGCUAAGAUUGCCUCUGCUUCGAUGGGGAAGGCUGUGAUUGUGGCGCGAGCGGAUGCGGAGAGGAAAGUGAGGGAGGCGGCUAUGGCGAGGAAGAGAGCCAGAGAGGCUCUUGAGCAUGUUGGUUUUCUUUUGGCUAGAGAAAGAGCUAGGCGUAAGGAGGAGGCGUCUAUGGAGGUUUCAGGUUCUGGGAAUUUGGUGAUGAAGGAGAACGAGAGGAAUAGGAACUUGGGUUCUAUGGUGAAAGUGGAGAAUCCUUUUGAGGUCCCUGCAGUUUCAACUUUGAACAACACUGGUAGUGCUUUAACUCAGAGGAGGGAGAGCUUAAAUGGGUUUGUGAGACAGAUGUCUAUGGUGAAGAACGAGGUGGCUGCUUCCAUGGAGGAAGCUGUAAGGCAGAAAAAUGUUGAGGCUGACCGUUUACAGAGUAAUAACAACAUUGGUUUAAAUGAGAAGGAGAAGUCUGGAAAUGAGAAUGAGAAUGGCGAAGUUGAGCAUGUGCAACAUGAUCGUAUUGGAGGAAUUGUUAAUACCACAAAAUAGCCUUUUUGAUGAUACAGAGCCAAGAAUUGAUCACAUCAUUGUUUCCUUGGUCUUUUGCAAAAUGAUAUGGUUCUAAAGUAUAAAAAUUUAUUAAGUUAUUUUCGUAUGGGUGUGACUUGGCUCUUUUUAGGAAUUCAUAUAGUGAGGAUAUUACAAUGCCUGUGAAUUUUUUUCCAGAUAUUCCUUGUUGAGAUUUGGGUGGUCUAGAGUUUAUCAGAAUUCUCUUUUCAAAGGCCCCUCCUUGCAUGGUGUAAAAAAUGUAGAUUAAUUGAAGUUCAACAUUAUUCUGUGUAUCUGCGAGACUGUUACUUUGCACAUUAUUGCAGCAUUCUACUGCAUUCUUUUCUUUUAGUUUCCUGAAACCCCCUCUCAACUUUGAUGAACUUAUACUCUUGACAUUCUUGAGAUAGUGUUAUAGUUUAUUUUGCUUCUUUUGUCUCAAGAUUGGUGACUGUCAUAGAGAAAAUGACUCAGAAUUGUGAUGGAAUGAAUUGGAUGGGGGUUUCCAUUGUCUCA